AGGUACCUCACUACUGAAGAUCUUGAAAGCUUCCACAUCAACCUUGUGAAGACACGCGAGAUGACAGCAGCCAUCGAAACUGCUCUCAAGCAACUCAACACCGAGAUCCACAACAUCAACACCAGCGGUCCCAUAGCCACUACCGUUGAUCCUAUCAAGAGAGCAAUUCGCAAAUGCACUGAUGUUGUCGAGUCUGCUAUGGAGUCUGCUCGUACUCAAGAGCAGGUCUCAGGAAAUCUGAUCGAACAAGGUCGCUUCGGUGAUGCACUCACUGCUAUCAAUGAAGGACUGAUUGUCAUCGGAGGAUUGAAGAAGCCUCUCGUUGGUAUUCGCGAUCAACUCAACAAUAUCAGUGCUAAGGGCCGCACCAUCGUCACUGAGAGUCUUCGACAGGUGGGCUUCGACAGGGAGAUUGAAGCUUGGGACACCAGCGUGACCGAAUGGACUGGACGUAUGGUUCUUCCUACUUGGAAGCUUUAG